AUGUCUGAGCUUGCACGCACCCUUCCAGCUUCAUGGUAUCGCAGCCUCCCGCUGUAUCAGUUGGAGAGGAGAGCGGUCUUCCUGAAGUCCUGGUACCUCCUUGGGCCUGUGACGAGAUUUCAAAAUAUCGGGGAGAGAGUCGAGUAUGAGAUUGCCCAGCAGUCUAUCCUUGCCUAUCGAAGCUCAGGAGAUUCGAGCUUUCCUGGACCGGACGAGAUAUGCGUGAUCUGUGCAAAGACAGAGAGACCAUUACCCAAUCAUGUAACCCCGACAGGUCUCGUAUUUGCCGCUUUGUCCGAUGAAGCACCUACUUUUCACCAGUACUUUCCCGACCUAGAGCCGUUACUUGAGCGGGUGGAUUUCACCAAACGACCGUACAAGCGCAGCAUCAAAUACGAGGGUCGGUUCAAUUGGAAGACCAUGGUGGAUGGGUACCAAGAAUGCCUGCAUUGCCAGUAUACCCACCCCUCGUUCUCCAUCUACUAUCCGCCGACAUUCUACGAAGUGCACAACCACCAGAAUUUCUCGCAACAUAUUGCAGACCCAAUGAAGCCGGAUGACGGCUUGUUCCUUUAUUUCUUCCCAAAUUGCACUCUGAAUGUAUACGGUGGUGGAAUGUCAUCCUUCCGUGUCUGUCCGACCGAAGAUCCCAACGUUACCAGGAUGGAAUUCGACUACUAUCAUGUCGAAUCUGGGGAGAAGUUCGAGGAGUAUUACAAGUUUGUUCGACAAGUUGCUCUGGAGGACUACGAGCUCUGUGAAAAGGCUCAGGAUAACCUCACGAAAGGGGUAUAUAGUGAAGGGAUUCUGAACCCAUCCAAGGAGAACGGUGUCUCCUACCGUGUGUUUGAACUCGUAUGUGAACAGCACGCUGCAGAUAUACGGGGUCAAGAUCAGAGUCGUUCCAUGGACCUUGAAACUGUCGAGUCGGCGCAUGUUGAAGCAGCGGCAUAA